AUGUCAUCGUCGUCCCACCAUCACGAUGAAUAUUCUUCGGAUGACGAGGAAAUCUACGACUCAUCAUCCAAAUCUAAAGUAUUUCUAGGAUUUGUCGAUGGACCAAUCACUCCUGAGGACCAGCCAACAAUAGAAGACACCUUUAUCGGUUCACAGCCAGUAUGGCUUCACCCCGAUUCGAAGCCGCAGGAGAUGCUUUUAGUAUGUGACCACUGCGGCAGGAAAUUGGCGUUGCUAGCUCAAGCGUAUGCUCCACUCCCUGAUAAAUUUUAUGAUCGUGUGCUUUAUUUGUUUGGAUGCAAGAGUGCGCAGUGUUCAACCAAAAAGGGCAGUGUCAAGGCCAUUCGAGGCAUCAAUAAGAGCCGCGAGACUGUGGAUCGAAUCAAGGGGGAAUUAGCUGCAAGUCAAUUGGAUGAGAAGUUGAAGUUGGACCCAGAAUUGACAAAGAACUUGUUCACCAGUGGUGGUGGUGGUAGUGGUGGUGGAAGUAAAAAUCCCUUUGGCGGAGGUAAUCCUUUUGCCCUGCUGGGCUCUAAUCCAUUCCACGUCGAAAAGAAGGAGGAAGAGAAACCAGCAGAGGCGAAGAACGAGAAAUCUGGAAAUAAAUCAUACGCUGAAAUAGCAGCUCUGUCACCAUCCAAAUCAAAAUCAAAUUCAAAACCAGCCAAGAAGCUAGACGGUGCACUUCCAGAAUUCGCAGGCCAAUUCGUCUACGUCGAGCCAGAGAAAUUCCGCAAGGACAAAACAGCAGACGCCGAGCUCGAGAAAUACAAACACCUAAUUGAAAAAUCGAAUCAGGACGACAACGACAACGACAACGAUAACGACGAGCACGGCGCCUCUUCAUCGAGACGCGGAUCGCAAUCGUCAGCAGUGCUAGAUCCGCAAACCACCAAAAUCUCCAACAUGUUGGACGACAAGUUUUUCGAAUCCUUUUCAUCGAUAACCAAACAUAACCCGGGGCAAGUACUACGCUACGAUUUGGGAGGCAAGCCGCUCUUGUACAAUGGGAAAGACGACGUUGCGAAAAGGUUCUUGGCCCACCCUGCCAAUAUCCCUCGACCAGCCUACAACCCUUCCCUGGAGCGGAGAUUCGAGUUCCAAUUGAUGCCCAAGGCAAUCAUGGACCUCGAAGAGCUCGAUCAUGACGGCGUCGACAUCAAGGACAUUUUAAACGGCAUGAGUUGGGGCACGAUCAUUGUUUGCACCGACUUGAAAGACUAUAUACCCGAUGACCACUUUGAUGACAACGGGGUUGGGUAUAUCCAGGAAUGGUGCGGUGUGCAAUGGGAAGAAAGUGUAUAG